CAAACAACUCUUUUAAUAAUCUUAAAUUUCGUCCGACUUUCCUUCCAUAAAAUUUGUUGUUUGUUUACUUCAUUCAAUUGCAGUUUAUAUCUUGUGUUGCCCAGAUUAACAUAGCAGGCGCUGACUCUGAAACUGGAAGAGUCUCAUCAUUUGGCCUCUGAACCCUAAUUAGAAAAGAAUUGGGAAUUUCAAUUAAUUAUCUGGUACUGCACUUCAUCCCCCAGAUAAAACGACGAGAGCAGCGCAAUGGCAGGCAGAGAAGUUCGGGAGUACACCAAUCUCACCGACCCAAAAGAUAAGAAGUGGGGAAAAGGGAAGGAUAAGAUUGACGACGAAGACAUCACAUUCCAACGCAUGGUCGCCAAGAUGCAAGAGGUUGCAGGAGAACGCGGAGGAUACCUUCAUGGCCGAGGCGCCUUGGACAGUGAUGACCUGCUGUAUCUCAAGGAGCAGAUGGAAGCUGAGGAGGAUGCGGAACGCCUCCUUCGUCGAACCGAGAAACGAGCAUUUGCUGCAUUUAAGAAAGCUGCAAGUCUAGCAGACUCCUCCCUUGCAUCGGUUCCCUUGUCACUUCGUGUCGAGCCCAAACAAAGAAGUGGGAUCAGACAACAGGAUUUACUGAAGAAGGUGGUUGAGAUCAAACCCAAGCGGCAGAAAGUUUCAAGUUCUUCUGACUGUAAUCAGUCGCACGCAAAUUUGAGCGGUAGUGCUUCAAUAAUUCUUAAGCCUGAAAAUGAGUCGGGGAAGGACAAAGUGGAUGCCCUGUCAUCAUCAAACAUAACAGAAGGCGAGCCUAGGGUGGAAAGUAGAGCCAAAAGCUUGCUAGGUUUAGCUUAUGAGAGUUCUGACAACGAAGAAGAUUGAAGAAGAAAAUGGCAUGCUCUGGACAGCAAAUUUUUGGUUAACUUUCUUCAUUACUAAUAUCUUAUGCAUGUUUUCUAUUACAAACACAUUUUUUCAACGCCACUCUUUUCGGAAUGCAUUGUUUGUGGAAGUAAAAAUAGUAGGUACUUUUGUUACAGAGUGGAAAGAAAGAGGGUGUAAUAUGUAUCUGAGUACUCUGAGUAUGAGGUGGUUUCUGUCA